AUGGCUAACUUUCAGGUGUAUUUGGCGACUCUGCUACUUUUGGUUUCCAUCUCCAAGUUUCAGCUACAGGUUGUUGCACUGGAACCGAUUCCUCAUUUUAAAUCUGAACCUGAGAUUCUUCAGGGCUCGAUCGUUCGACUGAUCAAUGGGAACCCGAAAGCUGGAUGGAAAGCUGCCAUGAGUGCUCGAUUUUCCAACUACACCGUUGGCCAAUUUAAGUACCUCCUUGGAGUAAAACCAACACCCCUGAGAGAUUUGAAGAGCAUUCCUGUUAGAACUCAUCCAAAAGGUGCUAAUACUUUUACUUCCUCUGUGUCGUCCACUGUAAUAAUUGUCCCCAUCAAAGAUCAGGGACACUGUGGUUCUUGUUGGGCUUUUGGUGCUGUCGAGUCACUAUCUGAUCGCUUCUGCAUCCAUUUUGGCAUGAAUAUUUCACUAUCUGUCAAUGAUCUCUUAGCAUGUUGUGGCUUUAUGUGUGGUGGAGGUUGUGAUGGUGGUUAUCCUAUUUAUGCAUGGAAUUACUUUGUCCAAAAUGGUGUUGUUGCUGAAGAGUGCGACCCAUACUUUGAUAAUAGUGGCUGCUCCCACCCUGGUUGUGAACCUGCAUAUCCCACACCAAUGUGUGAAAGAAAAUGCGUAAAAGAGAACCUGCUCUGGACGGAAUCAAAACAUUUCAGUGUCAACGCUUAUAGAAUCGACUCGGAUCCCUACAAUAUUAUGGCAGAAGUUUAUAAGAAUGGACCAGUUGAGGUCUCUUUCACUGUCUAUGAGGAUUUUGCUCAUUACAAGUCAGGAGUUUACAAACACAUGACAGGUGAUGUCAUGGGGGGUCAUGCUGUCAAGCUAAUUGGAUGGGGAACCACUGAUGAUGGGAACGAUUAUUGGCUGCUUGCAAAUCAGUGGAAUAGAAGCUGGGGUGAUGAUGGAUACUUCAUGAUUAGAAGAGGAUCAAAUGAAUGUGGCAUUGAAGAGGAUGUAGUUGCAGGAACACCUUCGUCCAGAAACUUGAUUAAAAAAUUUGGUAAUGUGGAUGCUUUUCGUGAUGUUUCAGCUUGA